AUGGAAGAAGAAGUUGCGGCCCUCGUCAUCGACAAUGGUUCGGGUAUGUGCAAGGCCGGUUUCGCCGGUGAUGAUGCGCCCCGCGCCGUCUUCCCCUCCAUUGUCGGUCGUCCUCGCCACCAUGGUAUCAUGAUUGGUAUGGGUCAGAAGGAUUCGUACGUCGGAGAUGAGGCACAGUCGAAGCGUGGUAUCCUCACCCUGAGGUACCCCAUCGAGCACGGUGUCGUCACCAACUGGGACGACAUGGAGAAGAUUUGGCACCACACCUUCUACAACGAGCUGCGUGUGGCGCCCGAGGAGCACCCCGUCCUGCUGACGGAGGCUCCCAUCAACCCCAAGUCCAACCGUGAGAAGAUGACCCAGAUCGUCUUCGAGACCUUCAACGCCCCGGCCUUCUACGUCUCCAUCCAGGCCGUUCUGUCGCUGUACGCUUCCGGUCGUACUACCGGUAUCGUCCUCGACUCGGGUGACGGUGUUACUCACGUCGUCCCCAUCUACGAGGGUUUCGCCCUUCCCCAGGCCAUCUCCCGUGUUGACAUGGCUGGUCGUGAUCUUACCGACUACCUGAUGAAGAUUCUCGCCGAGCGUGGUUACUCUUUCUCCACCACCGCCGAGCGUGAAAUCGUCCGUGACAUCAAGGAGAAGCUCUGCUACGUCGCCCUCGACUUCGAGCAGGAGAUCCAGACUGCCAGCCAGAGCUCUUCGCUCGAGAAGUCGUACGAGCUUCCCGACGGUCAGGUCAUCACCAUCGGCAACGAGCGUUUCCGCGCUCCCGAGGCUCUCUUCCAGCCCUCCGUCCUCGGUCUCGAGUCCGGCGGUAUCCACGUCACCACCUUCAACUCCAUCAUGAAGUGCGAUGUCGAUGUCAGGAAGGACCUGUACGGCAACAUCGUCAUGUCUGGUGGUACCACCAUGUACCCCGGUAUCUCCGACCGUAUGCAGAAGGAAAUCACCGCCCUGGCCCCCUCCUCGAUGAAGGUCAAGAUCAUCGCUCCCCCGGAGCGCAAGUACUCCGUCUGGAUCGGUGGUUCCAUUCUCGCCUCCCUCUCCACCUUCCAGCAGAUGUGGAUCUCCAAGCAGGAGUACGACGAGAGCGGACCUUCCAUUGUCCACCGCAAGUGCUUCUAA